GAUGGAAGAUGAGAGUCGCUUCCACGCAAUCAAUCUACAGGGAUAUUGUAACUACCCUCAUGUCAAAGACACGAGUCUGAAUCAAAGCCUUUCCCUUCCCGUAGUUGACAAUGACAGAAAAUGAUCACGCCAGUUGGUGACACAUAUGCAUGCACAGUGCUGAUGCAAUGUGACCCAAAUAAAGACACAUCCUCUCGAAGACAGAACAAGUGCGAAGACAGCACGGAGAUAGCAAUCAAAACCGAUAAAGCCCUACAGGGAGACACAGGAAAGAAGGGCCGAAAUCGAAACGAGGAUGCCCAAAACCCAGCAAACGGCAAGACAGCAAGAGAAGACACAACACGUCAUGUCUCUAUCUCGGUGUCCUUCUCGAUGGAUUCACAUAUGCAUAGUUGCCCCUAGGGAACGCCUCGGCAUUCAUCGUGGUAGGACACGUAUCCUCUUCCCCCGUCAGCUGAUCAACCUGCCCAACAUUCAAGCCGACUUGGAGAUUCAAGUCGAGACACCGAAAGCCCGAAGCGAAGUUGAAUAAGACCUGCUGAUGCGCCGAUUGUAAUGGGCCUGGCGCGGCCGAGAAGACAAAAGCCAAUGUCAAGCCGCUCUCAGCCGACGACGAAUCUAACAGGCUGACGUCUUGGUCAGAGACCAUGUACGUACGGCCACUAAACUCCAGCACAGAACUGGAAAAAUGGGAGGAAGCAAAUCGAACAAGAAAUGGACUUGCAGCAGUGUCUGCAUGUUCCUCGCUCACCUUUUUUGCGUUAUACAAUGGCAUUAAGGGCACCUGCUCUUGUCUCAACGACUUGAAUGCCGGCUCAAAUGACCUUCUGCUGUCGGCAUCCGUGAGAUCCCCAGGCACCAACAGAGGGGCAAGAUUCGGCCAUGACCUGACGCGAUAUAUGUCAGUGCCGUCGCCGUGUGCGUUGAGGUCUAGAAAUGGUGAGUCAGCCACAAACAGCCCAAGUAGCCGAUGGUGGUCGAUCGGGAUGACCUCUGAAGGACAGAGUGGCGAGGAGUGCCCACAUCCUUGCCAGUGCUCUUUCGUGGCUUUACAUACCCGCAGCUUUCCGUCGGUCCCUGUCGUCACGUGCCGUCCGGCUUCUUGUCGCCUCGUACUGCGUGAGAUUUCUCAGCAGCUCCGCUACUUCUCUCUGACUACCCCCCUCAUUCAAUUUCCGUCUCCAUAUCGCCAGCAGCCUCAGCUUUCCCUGAAAGCAAUUGUCGGCCGCCUUUGACGCAUCCAGGUGCUGCUGGGCAGUGUUCGCGAGCUCCGCCUGUCUGCCGAGGUUCUCGAGCAUGACGCGACAGCCAACGUCGAUUGGCGCCACGUCAGACGCUGCGGCAAGCCCAUCGCGCUUGACCCUCCGUCUAUCCAUCCGUCUUGACCAGGAUUGAACAUCCCAUAGCUCGCGAUCCAGUGGAACAGCCUCAAGUGUCUUGCCGUCGCCUUUCAGUGAGCCCCGAAACACCUCCACUGGUCUGAACCGUGAGGAUCUGAUAUCAACUUCGUCACUCCUCCGCACAGCAGAGUCACUGGUCCAGACGGGAUCGUCCUUCGGUGCUUGGAGGGGUGCGCCGACAUGUAGUGGCCUCGCGGCGUUGAAGGGAUGCAGCUCGAACGUAACAACAAAGAGCUCGAGGGACGGUGAUGUGCCUGGCGAGCCUGGGACGAUGUUGGGGCCUGUGGACGUUAUCCUGAAGGGGGGAUGGGGGCCCACAGGACCGCCAGAGAUCCCGAAAGCGCCCACACCUGCGAGACACGGAAGGGAUGGUGCGUGAGAGACAUGGCCGUGUGUGGUGGUGGUAACAGGGUCUGACCAUGACACUGUAUGUCGGUGUGCCACCUUCCCUCCGUACAGAGGGCUUUGUUGAGACAUCCCUCUCAGGGACAAAAGGUCUUGUAGCCCUGCCGGCACUUGAUGUCCCACAGCUCGUGGCCCGGCAGGGGGGAGUCUGCCUGCUUGGACGGGACGGGUUCAAACUCCUUCAUGGCACUCCAGGGAGGACAUCUCGCUACACCAGACAGAAGACACAGAUCCCAGUCACUCACCCGCUCGCCUGUGCGUGCCUGCAGACCGGGUCAUGAGGCUUACGUUCACAUCUGAGUGAGUCGAGCUUUGACCAUCUUGGGAUGACAGCGUUGGCCUUCCUGCUGCACUCGAUGGACUCCUCAAAGACGCCCCCCUUCUUUGGAAGAAAGAAUGGCUCGUUGCACCUCACCUGCAGCACAGUGCCCACCGUCCGGUUGACGAGGGAGACCGGUGCCGUGUCGAGGCGGUAACCCCAACUCAGCUGGGGCACGUCCUGACAUAACAUGCCUGACAAGGCACACGCCGACCGGUGGCAAUCACGAAAGGAAUGCUCUCUGUGUGUCUUCUCUUUCUCACCAGUGCCAUUGUUUGACUGAUACGAGUGCCUGAUCUGUUGCUGGCCAGUGGUGAGGUCAGCAACGAAUGUCGCACGACCCAACAGAAUGCCGCCAGGCUCAUCGCCGACUUGCCUGAUCAGCGCCGUCAUGGCCGGCGUCUCCCGUGUCGCCUUCAAGCUGAUGAAGGGAUUGCCCCUGGCAACGGUUGCCAUGUCGAUCGCGUAGUCGCUUGGCUGGAUCACCAUCGCAUCACCGCCUCGCGGGUGCAGGAUGACCGGGCUGGUCAGAUCAGGUGUGGCUGCCACAGGCAGCAGCAGCCAGAGUGUCUUUUCGUCUUCUUCACUAAGGCUUGCGAGCAGCUUGCAGUUCUCGCGCCGGACGGGAUCGAACCGAGGCCGGAAGGAAGUGAAGGAGACCAGGGACUUAGCGCCGUGCUGGUGCAACACGUCGGCUAGAUCACGGGCGCCUGCGUUGUUAGGGUCGGGAAGAGGAGACAGGAUGACAAUUGGAAGCAGAUCCGUCAUGGCGGCGUUCGCCGAAUACUGCGCAAUAUGAACGGCGAUAAGGACAUUACAUUCUCAAUCUCCAGCUGUGUCUCGCUUACCUCUACGGUGAGUUGUGCAUUCUCGGCAUCCGCUUGGACCGGGUAGCUGCCAUCCGUUCCGCUGACGACUACGCCCUUCCGCAGGUCAGGCAGCAUCCCCGCAGCAAGCGGGAACCUUAUCGACCCGUCCGAAAGCUGCUCACCCACAACCUGGUUCGAGGCCUUCUGAGCCACACUCACGCCCCUCAUCGCUUCGCGGACACCUAUGUCGGGCCUCUCCUCGAUAAAGGACGCAAGGGCGGUGCCUUCGCCAUGUGGAAGCGUCUUGAGCAGGCUGUCCAUGAUGGGGCUUGUGCUCUUUAUGGUGACGGUUGGCAGCAGAAGGGCCGCAGCCGACGGAGUCCCGUUGCUCAUCUGCAUGCAGCGGCAGACACGAGCAGUCGUGAUGUGCAAAGGACUGCACCGUCGCAUCUCUCGCUUACCGUGAGGGUGAUUUCGUUUUGAACAUCGCUGGGAUCGAAGACCAAUCUUUCGGUCGUCGAGGCGUUGGGCUGUAUCACAAUGGGGAAGUCGACCUUCGGUCUGAAGCCCGGCGGCAGCAUAAGGUCGACCUCCAUCGGCUCUCUCGACAUCGGCACAGGAGGGCCCACUUGCACAAAGGCACCUGGCAAACGAGGCGAGCUUCUUGUGCCAGAUGUGUUUGUUGCCGUGCUCCUACCAUGAUGUCCCUCGGCGGUGUUGAUUUCGACCUCACAGACGGAAAAUUGCAUGAGUGAGGGGGCGCCCGAAGCGACAAUGCGCACCACGCUGCCUGAUGUCCCGCCAGGACACACAAUUAGGUGGUCAGGCGAGCCUCCCAGCUGGAACGAGCCACAUCGGGUGAUGCCUUGGCCGCUGACGGGGGGAGUGACGUCGUUUUCAUAGCCUGUGGCCGGCGCAUGGGCGACCACCACAUCAAACGUGGGCUUGUCGGACAGGUAGCCGCCCGCACUGCAGGCAGCAAAGACAGCCAAAAUACAGCGAUUCCCGAAUCCCUAUCAGGCACUAUACCUCAGUUCUCUUACUCUGUUCUGAUGUGGAUCUGAUGGAUGCCGUUUCUCUCCUGGUCUGCAAUGUCCCUCUCCCACCAAAGGGGCCUUGACUUCCCAUUGUCGAAUCUGGCGACGAAUGAGCACGUCGAUGCAUCCCUGUCGUUGGAUCGCUUGCGGUCAUCGAACAGGUAGGCCCCAUCACCCAGGUGGGUGUAGCGCGGACACUCACUGCACCCUUUGUCCCUCGGUCCUGCACACGCCAGCAAUGGGGACAGAUGUCUGUCGUUGCGCGGGGAAGAUACGUCUCGUCCGACUCACCAGUGAUGAUGUCAAUCUCACACACGGCAAAGUGCUGCAGGAAGUGAAGAUGGGACGCGACAAGGCGGACUACUGACCCUUCAGUCCCCGGCGGACACACAAUGGUGUAGAUGCGCUCGCUGGUGCUGUCCUUGAGCUCGAAGCUGCCGCACUUGACUGCCUCGGCGCCGGAAAGCGGCGGUUCCGUCUCCAUCAUGUCGGCUGUUUGCCUGUGGUCGGAGAUGUAGGCGUCCACCAUUUGCUUCAUGUCUGGGGCAACCGCAUUCGGAUACACAGUGCCGUAGCUGAAACAUAUCCACCCGCAGACAGAGAGACAUGACAACCAGCCAGCGCCGCUCCUGUGUCUUCCACCGACUAACUCACCGAGCGACGACAGUGACCUUCUCAAUCCCCACUCCAUGCCCAUUCGAGAUGUCUCGUUCCCAGAAGAGGGGCAUGUCCUCGCGAUCGCCUCGGCGGGACACGUCUGAGCAGGUGGCCAUGUCGCCAUCACUCGACCUCCUUCGAAGCACGGGAUGUGCAAAACCGGCAUCCUCAGUGGUGUAUCGAGGGCAGUCGAGGCACGGGUCGUUGGAUGGAGGCAGGGUCGUUGGGACCACUGGCACCGUCUCGAUGGCAACUGUCGUCUCAUGUGCGUGGGCAGCCGGUGGCGGUGUGGUUGUUGUCGACUCGGUGAAGUAUGGGCCAAGGCUGUUUGCAAGGGUGACGUUGAAUGGCGCCCCACCGCGAGCAGCGGGACCUGCCUGAGUAGCAGUGGUUGUCCCCGGUGCUUCUGAUGUGGGUGCUGCUGUGGACGACGGGCCAAUCGUAACAUUCAUGGUCGCCGCAGGCGAAGCUCUAACUUCGGGGCCGACCGUCGGGGCACUCACAGUCGAGAGGUGCACGGGAGCAAGCGUGCUGACACCAGCCGCCCCAACAGCAACGGCAAUUGUGGUCUCUGACACAGUGGCAUUCGUGACGUUCAGACCGGAAGUUGGCAUCGCCGUCGGCGCUGCUCCGAAAUGUGCUGUUGUAACGUUGGGCGGGACAGUGGUAUGUAGCAGAGUUGGCGGAAAGAGUGUGGGUGGGGCGAUCGUCGUCGACAGAGACACAGGUGCACCAGUCGAGGCGGCCGCCGAAGGAAGCGGUGUUGGUGCUCCUGUCCCUUCAGGUGUCGGCCCAGCUGUCAAAUUGGCACCAGUCGUGGGCGCCACUGGCGAGGGAGUCGACUCAUUGAGUGGAGCUCCCCUUGCUGCGAAGGGCUGUGGUGCUGGAGCGUGAGUGGCGUUUGCAGGGGCCGUCGUGGGCAUGCCUUCAGAUGGGGCUGGGGAUGGAGUAGGGCUUGGUGACGUCGGCAGAUAUACGUUGGACGGAGGCAGUGUAGUCGUUGUUCCUUCUUCAUAGACAGGAGACGGUGUUGUCGUCGCUGGACGAAAAAUCACACAGAUGGAAUUCCCAAACGCACGGAACCCUAUCGUGAUCACCUACCAUUUUUCUUGAGUUCUUCCAGGAGUUUGGGCGCCCGCAGCUGCACGACUGCCUUCUUGAUUGGAUUCUCCCAUGGGUCCUGGUGCCUCAGCGUGCAGUUGGCCUCUACGCCAGUGCUCUCGCCUGCGUCGCUGGCCAGCUGGCUGUCCUUGGGGAGUGUCAAAACGACGAAGGGCACAAAGUGAUGGUUCUCGUUCAGCUCAUACUGAAGCACAAAGCGGAACGUCGCAGAAAAGCUGUCUUUCUCCCUUGGGAGUGUGUGCACAGAUAUACCGUAAGCGUCGCGUUUGCCUCUCUGGGUAGCAUCUUGACCGGUGUGCCGGCCGCCGUUGCCAUUCUGAUGGGUGCAGUGGGUUCCAGGGCAGAGCUGAAGGGGAUCGCUACCUUAGCCUCGAUGACUUCCUCCUCUCCCGUUGUAGUGUUUCGCUUCACGCGGGUGACCGUGCCGUGGCCUUGGUAGGGCUUCUCAGGGGCCACUUCAAACCCUGAUCACACGGACGGAAGAUGGCAGUCGGUGGGUGGAGUGAAUGGUGCACUCUGUAUGUCUCACUUGUGUUGACGUAUUCGACUUCGAGAGACUUUGUGUGCUCGGGGAGGAUCUUUCGCCAGUGGCUGAUGAGAGUGUCCUUGGCGCGAAUGUCCACACGGAGAGUGGCCUUGCCAUCGAGCGUCUCAAACUACAAGCAAGUGCAGGUGCACAAAUGAGAAGAGAAGAGUCCCCCGCGCAUGUCUUUGUUCCGCUUCUCACCCGUGGCGUCACCAUGAUGAUGCCGUUCUGCUUGGGGUCGAUGUACACAAACUCAUCGGCAGUUGAGGCUGAUGUGUUGCCCGUGCUGAACCGCCCGGAUGUCUCACUGUGGAUGAGGAGCGGCUGCUUGACGUCCAUUCGCGCGUCAGGCGGCAGCGUGAUGACUAUGCCCUCCUUGUCGUGGAUGUCAACAUCGGCCCUCGUCUCCUGUAUGGGGCUGCGUGAGCGGGGCACCGGCACCACCAACACCUCAAUGCUCGAGUCGUUUGUUAGACGGCUGAGCUCUUUGAGCAGCUCAUCUGCGCGUGGUCCUUCAGGGAUCACUUGAAGAAAGACAGCCAAAUGAGACCCGUAAAGCCCAUACUGACAGAUAGCAUCAGAUAGCCAGACAUGAGAUGACUUAUAUAGGGAAUGUGGGGCAUUGAUUGCGUACCCUGCGUCGAUAUGCGGCAUUGGUCGGCCCUGUGGCGAUCCGUCGGCCGCCCGCUGUGAUAAUGACGACGGGCCGGUUGAGGUCGACGUCGACAUUGCUGGGAAGCUUGAUCUCCACUCCACCUUCAUCGAGUCGCAACGCAGGUCCCCGAAACGGCUUGCCCUCGCCCUUCUUCCUGGCCUCCUCCUCUGAAAGUCACAGAAGAAUGCGUCUUCAAGGGACGCAUUUGUGUCUCUCUGAGCGACUGUAGAUUGCUCACCAGGGCGGAGAGCGCGGUAGACGUCCUCAGACUGAGGCGUCUUCCAGCUGGCGACCCCUGACAGCGGAUCGACGAUGCAUUCUGCCUCAGGAGGAAUUGGGCCGCGUGUCUGUGGGAUUGUAUCGUAGCCCUUGUUGCAGUACAGCCGCCUCUUGGCUCCCCUGCCGUGGCCAAACCCUUGCAGAUUGAUCGCUGGGGAGUCGGGAUAGCCCGGACACUCCUCUGUAGAAAAGGCACAGGAGAGAAUGUGACCGGCUGUGAGAAAAAUAAUGACGGCCUCGUCUUACGUUUGGCGGCGACGCUGGACUUGGGGCCGCCUUUCAGCGAGUCGAGGAGAGCGACAAGGUUCUUCGAGAGGCUGGUGGACAGGUUGAUGUUGCCACGAAACACGAGGACGAAGGACAGGUUGCCAGCAAAGCCAAACCCGCUCGUGUCCCAACCCAGCAUGAGGCUCUGCUGGUGCUUCUUGUCGCCAUCGCGAAUGCACCCAUUCGUGGAUGCCAU